CCAUAAACAGGCUUGGCCCAACGUACUCGUUCAGCAAAAUGGAGGGAAAAGUUUCCCGCCAUCACAUUCAGCAAAAGAAAGAGAAAGUUAUCCCCGUCGCCGAAACCCUAGAUCGAUCGUCCAUGGAAGAGGAAAUCAAAGCAGAGUUCAAGAAGAAUGGAUUCUCUCUCAAUAACGAGGAAGAAAUCCUUAAGAAAUGUCUGACUUUCUGCAUCGACUACAAACUAAGCCCUUCCGAUCUCGUCUCAAGCUGGGAUGUCUUCUCCCUUAACAGGGGGUUAGAACUUACGGUUCAAAGUGCGCAUAUGGGAGCUUUUUUGCAGCAACUACAGAAUGAGCAAAGAGAUGCAAUUGUGAAAAAGGAGCCCGGUUUGCAUUUUUACUCUAAUGAUGUUACUAUGCUACUUAAUGAUGAAUAUGACGAUAUAAAAGAAGAUGCUUUGUAUAGUCCAGCACCAUCACAGCGACCUGAGACACUUAAGACUGAGCAAUUCGAUUCAGCACAAAAGACAAAUGCAAGCAUCUUCGGCUCCAAAAGAUCAUUAGACUCGAUGACUCCUUUUGCUCAAAGAAAGAAUAAAUUUGUUGUGCAAUUUACUCUUAAUGAGCCAACGACUGUAGAUGCAAUGAAAAUUGAGGAAGAACAGGGUCAAGACAACUCUGAAGAUGAUAUCAUAAAGAGGGUGCAAGCUAGCAAAAAGUGUUCCAUAGCUAUUACCGGUUCCCAACCAAAGCCUGGCUGUAGGUUUUUGUAUGACAGGAUUGAAGACAAGUUUAAUUUCCUGGAAAAUCGCAUAAAGAAGUAUGCAGACUCUCUAGUUGAAUCUGGGCUUUUUGGUGAACCAAUGGAUCCCACAGUGGCCUCCCAGAAAAGCUUAUUGGCUGUAGGCAUGAUCUGUUGCGAAGAAGAUGGCCGUUUGAAGGAAAAGCCUAUCUUAUUGCAAAGCAGUGUUGAGCACUCUGGAGGACAACGGAUACGCCUUGACUUGCAAAAGCUAGAGCAAUUUUCUAUUUUUCCGGGUCAGGUGGUUGGUGUGGAAGGGCAUAAUCCAAGUGGUCAUUGCUUGAUAGCAUCAAGAAUUAUUGAUCAUGUACCAUUCUCAGUUUCUUCUGAUGAGAAUUUACAUCCUUCAAAGAAACCAGCUUUGGAUCAAAAUGUCCAGCUUGUUGACCCAUCUGAUACAGCUCCAGAGCUUUCAUUUAUCAUUGCUGCUGGUCCUUAUACCACGAGUGACAACUUAAUGUUUGAACCUUUAGUUGAGCUUCUUGGCUACGCAAGACGAAAGCAACCUCAGUUGCUUAUACUGCAAGGGCCGUUCAUUGAUACCGAUCAUCCGGAGAUCAAAAAGGGAUCAGUCAACAAAAGCUAUGAUGAGAUGUUUCAGCUUGAAAUACUUGGAAGGCUUCAAGAUUACGUAGACUACAUGGGAUCAUCAGCUACUGUGCUUCUUGUGCCAUCAAUCCGAGACGCGCAUCAUGAUUUCGUGUUCCCGCAACCUAGAUUUGAUUUGAAUUCACCUAAUCUAAAACAUCAGAUACAAAGCAUAUCCAAUCCGGGGACCUUUACAGCAAACAAGGUAAACUUUGCUUGCUGCACGGUUGACAUUCUUAAACAACUCAGUGCAGAGGAGAUAUCUAGAAAUCCACAGGGGGGUUCCAAGCAUCGCCUGGCUACUCUUUCAAAUCACGUGUUAAACCAGCGAAGCUUCUAUCCUUUAUAUCCACCUGCUGAAGGCGUUCCCUUGGACUUUUCUCUUGCACCAGAAGCUCUUCAGAUCUCAUCCAUACCAGAUAUUCUUGUCUUACCCUCAGACUUGGCUCACUUUGUUCGGGUACUGUCCUUGGCACCAAAAAGUGAAGGAGAACAAGAAGUCAAGUGCCUUUGUGUCAACCCUGGGAGACUUGCUAGAGGUGAAGGAGGAGGUUUCUUUGUAGAGAUCAACUAUAAAGGAUGUCCGGAUUCAGCUACUGCUUCAGUUAUACGCAUAUAGACUCAACUCUGCUCUCCAUUUUGUAUAGAAUGAUUCUGCUUCGAUUGCAUAGAGAAAAGAAUUGGUAUCCGACACAGAAGUACUUACUCUUGUUAAAGAGUGUCAGGAAUUCACUAAGCAAAAAGUGCCCAAAUGCUGCAGAAGAAGUUGUAUGGAAUUUGGAAGUCCAUUGACAUGGAUGCUAUGGACAAUGGGCAGGUAAGGAAUGAAUUUGUUUGGGAGUGUUUGAUACGAUGAAUGCAAGUGAUCUGCUUCUAUAAACCCUUUUUUUUCUUUUUAAAUUGGUACUAGAAUUGAUUCAGUAGUAUAGCAGUAGCUUCAUUAUUGGUCACUCUUGUAUAAAAGAUGUGUGCUUUUAAACAAUCGAGAGCAGUCACUGCUCUACUUGAGCGUUUUCACCUGUGUCAUUGCUUCAAGGUUGUGAUUUUGUUUAUAUGAAAAAUGAGCAUGAGAUUGAGCUGGUGGAUUGAUCUUUUAACUGAUUUUGACACGAAAGAAGUGAGAAGGAUGAUUAUUGUGGCUCAGUUUUGCACGCAAACCUCCAUUGUUACGUUUUUGUUUUUAAUUCUUUUCCUAUAUCCUUUUAACUUUCUUGAGCAAAGGCAGCCUUUGAAAAGCAG